GCUAGCUCAAGUUCUACUGAGCCUUGCGUUACGAUAACCGAACCUAUCCAAGACCACACUGCAACAAUUAUCCUGUGUCAUGGACUCGGUCAAUCAGUUUCAUUUUACGACAUGGACGUUCAGUUUCUUGCAAACAAGCUACCCUUUGUGAAAUGGAUCCGUCCGCAAGCAUGCGAGAAAGCAGUGACGUAUAAUGGAGGCGAGCAUCGACCUUCGUGGUUUAACAUUUCGUACCUACCACCGCACGUCCAUGAGUUUGACGAAGUCGCUAUAGGCGAAUCCAUCUCAUUCAUCGAGCAACUCAUUCUUGUGGAGGUGCAGAACGGCAUUGAUCCAAAGAGGAUUUUACUCAUAGGAUUUAGUCAAGGAGCAGCGUUGUGUCUAAUGACGGCGUUGACUACGCUACACGACCUUGGUGGAGUUGCAAGUUUGUCAGGCUGGAUCCCGCAUCGCAUCCGCAACCAUAUUGUACAUAACGAUCCACUCCUCCCCAUCUUCUGGGCACAAGGUAAAGACGAUACGGAAAUACCAGUACGAUACGCGCGGAACAGCAUAGAGUUUCUCGAGCAACGGUUGUGCAUGAACGAGGAGAACCUACGUUACCUCGAAUAUGAUGAAAUGGGUCAUGAAGUUACGGUGCACGUUUUGUAUGAUCUGGUGGAUUGGUUAACGACAGCUCUGUGCUCUGGCUCUGGGAGCCCUCCUGACUCUAAGGAAUAAUAGGGACAGUAAAUUCUGUGUAAUUUGAGAAAUACGUAAUAAGGAUCUACG